CUCAUCGACCUUUUGAUGGCCUGAUCAGCUAAUAAGGGCGAGAAGGAGAGGAGGAUUGAUUGAUCUUGCCUGAUGGCCGGUGCUUCGUUCUUUCACGAGGACGAGAGGGUUCGGGAGGAGAUGGCGAAGGACGAAGGGAAGACGGUAACGGUCAAGAGCUCCGACGGCGAGGUGUUGGAGGUGGAGGAGGCGGUGGCGAAGGAAUAUCAGACGAUCAGACAAAUGAUCGAGGAUGGUUGUGCUGAUUCCGGCAUCCCCUUGCCCAACGUUGCCAACAAGAUCCUGGCGAAAGUCAUCGAGUACUGCAAAAAGCACGUCGACGCCCAGAAGACCGGCGACGACAAGAUCCAAGAAGAAGAGCUCAAGGCGUGGGAUGCCGAGUUUGUUAUGGUGGACCAAGCGAUGCUCUUCAAUCUCAUUCUGGUCUUAAAUGAGGAUCUAUGGCUUGUGGAAGGUCAGCAAGAGCGGAUGAUCAAUGGGGCAAAUGUUUGGAACUGGCCUGUGGCAUAUGAUAAGCUUGGAGCAAGGUACAGAAUAUGGAGAGAUGCACUUGAAAGAGGCUACAAGAAGCUUCCAUUCGAGAGGUCCACAGAGUGAAAACUUCCAAAGAGUAGCCCAAAUUCCCACUUAUUUGGAAGGGAUGGACAAUUGCAGUGCAAAGCAUCUCUUCCAAGGAAGGCAACCUUAACUUGAAGAUAUCUGUCCCGCAAGGUUAUCAUUUCUCGAAGGUGAAUGAGGCCAAAAAUGUGCUGAAACUUUGCGAUUUUGGUAAUGCUAUGUUUGCUGGGAAGAAUGAGAUUACACCAUAGUUGUAUCACUAUUCAUUCUUGGCUUGCCGUAUGACCAUGCUUUGGACAUAUGGUCAGUUGGCUGCUGCUUGUACGAGCUAUAUACAGGAAAGGUCCUCUUCCCUGGACCAUCAAACAGUGACAUGCUUCGGCUUCAUAUGGAGUUAAGAGGUCCAUUUCAUGAAAAGAUGCUCAGGAAGGGAGCCUUUACAGAUCAUCAUUUUGAUCAGGAUCUGAAUUUCCAUGCCACUGAAGAUCCUCUUACAAAGAAGGUGACCAUUUUUUUCAUUAUCAUGUACUUCAGGUUAAUUUAUCUAUAGCAUGGUGAAAGUACAUCUUGUUUGUGCUAUAUAUAUAUCAUUGUUCAGUAACAAGUGGCUGGGUAGGGCCAUUAUGACCUUUAUACCUGCAUCUUAAUUGACUCCGCAAGGACGAUGCAGGGAGUUCUUUCCUUGGUCAGCAAUACCAUAAUUAAGCAAGCCAAGUAGAGAUGUGCACCGAAAGGAUGUAAGUGAACAAUGCUAAUCAGCUAGUUUGUAACAAAUGUACCUAAAUAAGCUUCGUAAAGUAACUAAUUAGCUAAUGACAAAGUGACUAUAGUUGUUGAAAGGAAAGGGCACUCUUAUGGGUUUAAGAUAGAAAACAUUGAUUUCAAGAUCUGAGUUUGGGAGAUUGACUUGCGGUUGGAGAAAGAGAUUCCUGAUUUCUUUCACAAAAUGUAUAAAAUCUAUCACUUUUACUGUAGAUUUCUAUUGUUCUGUAAAGAUUACUGUAGAUUUAGUGUUUUGUGAACAUAUGGCAUCAAAUUUCAAACAAUCCUGCAUGACAAUGGUCACAAAGGUGAGGAAAAUGAUUGGUAGAAAAUCAUGUGCAAGUGUUAUAAUUAGAUGAUGAACAAUAAAUAGAUGAUAUUUGAUUGUUUUCAUUUUUUAUUUGCUUAAAUAAUUUCAUCUUGUGUUGCAUAAAACUUUAAAGUUAUUUCUUAAUGUGUUAUUACUUGUAACAUUAUGAGUAUGUUAUGUUAAUGGUUGUUUAUUCCCAUAAGUCUAUCUUUAUGUGGAACAUGUUUUUAAUGGAAAACAUUUUUUUCUUUAUCUUUUUUGUUUUUUUUAAUUUAUUUUGAAUUUAACAUUAAAUUGAAUUUCCAGUACAUUUAUGAAACUGUUGUCAUACGUUAUGGUAUGGCAUAUUUGUUGGUCCCACCAAUACCGGUACAUUGGUUUUAGUCAUUCAACUUGAAUUCACUUGGACCAGCUAGUCGUUUUGUGGUCUUAAACAACACGUACUUGACUUCUAAAUUGACAAAUAAAGAUCGAAAAAAUGGUUAAUUGGUGUGAUUGGUGAGGACUGCCCAACUUAGUCGGUCAAGUGGUCCAUAGAUUAUGCUCCAGCCAACUUGAUAGUCAUGGACCUGUCAACUGAUCAUUGGCCAGAAUGAUAAGCAUAUAUUUGUCCAAUUAGUUGCUAGGUCCCCGAUGACCCAACAAUUUAUAAGUGCUAUGAGGUGUAGUUAUGUUAUGGAAAUGUGGUGUCCUAUGAUGUGAGAGUUUCUCAAAUUUUUUCUUAAGAAAUUGCUCCAAACAAUAUUAAAACGUGUCUUUAUCUCUAAAACAAAAUGUUGCAUCUACAUGAGGUAAAGAAAGUGCUGAGUGUUAUCCAUAUUGGACAAUACGUAUCGUAUAGGUUUGAGAAACCUAUGCGAUACGCAUACAACACACAAUAUGCCUGUGGAUCAUAGGUGUAUCGUCCGCAUCAUGCGAUACAAAGGUUGUACUGUACGAUGUGGCUGAUACACCCCCGUAUCUUAUGAUACGGGGAAAAAACGGGAAAACAUUGUUUUUUGUGUUUCUUUUUAAAAUCACUCCUCCCUUCCACUUUCUAAACAUCUCUAAGAGCUGUGGGAGGGGAGGUUUUACUAGUUUUCUAAAAAAAUCAACAUAUGUUGGUGAAGAAAUUCCAUUUGAAGGCAUUGAAAAUUAAAAUUUUGAAAAAUUAACAAAGAAAAUGAGGAUGAAUACGAAGAUUAUGAUGAUCAUCAUUGAUGGAUGAUAAUCAUGAUAUUUGCUGCCAUCAAUGUUAAGUAUAUCUCAAUAUUUCAUUAGCAUAAGGUUGUUAUUAAAUUUUUUCCGGUAGUUCUAUUCAUAUUUUUUUAAUCCUCAACGUAUUCUGAUAUGGAUUUAUUUAUCUACAUCCAUGCAACAUAUUUGCAUGCCCACACUAGGAAAGCAAAAGUGCUUACAAUUUCAUUGUUAGUGCAAGCUGUUAAGCGAUUGCUUGUGAAUAUUAAGGCAGAGGAUUUUAGUAGUCUUAUUUCAAGCUAUACUGGUGAGGAUCCCAAGAUGCUGGCCAAUUUCAAAGAACUGGUUGAUAGAAUUUUUGUGCUCGAUCCAGUGAAAAGAUUGACAGUAUCUCAAGCACUGAGUCAUCCAUUCAUUACGGGCAAGUGAAUAAAGGUGCUGAUAUUUCUGAUCCAGAACUGCUGUUGAGUUAGCUAUGCAUUUGAAUCUUUUAUUCAGCCAUCUGAUCAUUGGGCAUUUGCUUGUCUCUAUCUUUGUCACUUGGACCAAGUGCAAGCAAUGCAGACUUCUUGGUGAUCGUGAGCUUAACACAGCCACUCUGGAGAGCUCUUUUACUUGGCGAGUUUUUUCAGUCGAAUAUAUUCUAUUUCUAUUGUAAGAUAACUCGUCAAAGGCGUUUCAUCUCUUGUAAAUCAUUUUUGAUAAUGAGCUCUAUGAAUAUGUGUACACUUCUUUUCA